AUGACGGCUGUGGGGCCUGAUAUUAACAUUGGCGGAAAAGGUCUGGCUGUGAUCUGGGCUCUCAAUGCUGUCUCAAUCACCAUUGUUAUCGCAAGAUGCAUGACGCAAAGAUUCAUCACCCGUCAACUAGGACUUAGUGAUGCUUUGGUCGUUGUAUCGAUGUGUACCAUUUCUUCCAUGGCAGCUUUGAUCACAGUACAAUAUCACUAUGGCUGGGGACGACAUUACGCAUAUCUCGAUCCAUUUGAUAGGAUUGAGGCCAUGAAAUAUAACGCAAUUGGGCAAUCUUUUGGUGUCAUGGGCUCAACUUUUGGUCGAAUGUCCUUCAUUAUCCUCAUGCUACAGCUAUUUGGAACUUCUAAAUUAAAGCACGCAGCUCUAUGGACAUUAUUUUGGGUGCAAUUUAUUCCAAAUUGUGUUGUUGUCGUCACAUUGUACGUUCAAUGUAACGACAUUCGAGCUUUGUGGGACACAUCAAUUGUAUCUUCAUGCUGGCCUGAGUCUUACCAAACUUAUAUCGGCUACGCACAUACGAGUUGGAAUGGCCUCACGGAUCUCUUUUUGACUUGUCUACCGGCAACAAUGUUGUGGAGUUUACAGAUGAAUCGUCGGACGAAAUUUGGCUUGGUAUUCUUGCUCAGUCUAAGUUUACUCGCCUUUGUGGGAGUUAUCAUGAAGAUUGUGUAUAUUAGAGUACUUGCCGACCGAGGAGAUUAUACCUACAAUACAGUCCCAUUCUUCGUUUGGGUACAAGUCGAAUCCAAUCUCGUCGUGAUCGCCUCUUCAGUUCCACUACUCCGUCCCCUCUUUGUCCGUCUUAGGUCCGGCGAUUUCACCACCCGCAAUGGCUCUACGGCUCCUACUUUUGAGAUGUCAGGCUAUAGUAAUAAGAGAAAAUCAAUACAGAAUAAUCAUAUGUUUAGUGAGAUAAGCGAUGAUGAUUUGGGGCUGAAGGAUUCGCGGGAUGGGAUGCCGAUCGAUGAUAAGGGGAGCGAAGAUCACAUUUUACCGAUACAGGGGGAGAAGGAAAGGGUUCUGGAACCGUGGGUGGUGAAGAAGGAAGUUAGCUAUAGUGUGAGGGUUGAAGAGACGGGGGACGAGGAUAUCGAGAAGGGAGAGUCGGAGAGGGAGAGAGGGCGAAAUCAUACAUUCAUGGUGCCGAAAAGAGCGAGUAAAGGGAGUAUGAGUAUUCUGAGUAAUGUUUCGAUGGCGUGA